GAUGGAGGACGAUGAGACAGGUGCAGAGCGGGCAGUGGACGGCGCCCCUACAGUGGCAGUAGAUCUGGAGCAGUGCCAGGACACACAGUUACAUAAUGCCGCUUGUGUGGGGGACAUUGAGGCCCUGAGGACCCUGUUACAGGAGGAAAGGUUCCAGAGACGUAUUAAUGAGAAGACUGUGUGGAGCAGUGAUUGUCUUCCUACCUCCCCGCUCCAUAUUGCUGCCACUCUCGGGCAUGCUGAUUGUGUAGCGCUCCUUAUUGAUUUUGGGGCAGAGAAGGACCUGUUGGAUCUUAGACUCCAAUCACCCCUGCUUGGAGCCACAGAAAAUGGACACUUGAACUGCGUGCAAGUUCUUCUGAAGGCUGGAGCAAAUCCCAAUGGGAAUCCAGAUAAUUGUUACUCCCCAGUAUACCAUGCUACAGGAGUGGGCCGUGCUGAUAUACUACAAGAGCUAAUCCGAUAUGGAGCAGAAGUGGAUGGGGACCUUCAGAAGGCAUUUGGUUAUACAUCAUCAACGCUAGAUAUGCCAUUGAAAGCCACCCCACUGUACACAAGUGCAGCUCAACACACCCUAUCGUGCUUCCGCCUCUUGCUUCAGGCUGGUGCCAAUCCGGAUUAUAAUAGUUGGGACCCAGUGUGUGAAGCAAAACUUAUACGCUCAUCUCCAAUAUGUUUGCUGGAGGAAGUUCUACGUGAUGGUUGUGGCAAGGAGUUUGUUCAACUGCUCAUUGAUUUUGGAGCAGAUCUGAGUCUUUUGCACAGUGAACCAAUUUCCGAAGAGGACUCCAGUAAGAAAUUGGACCCAGAGGCCUUGCAAGUCUUUAGAGAAGCAAAAUGUCUUCCUCGGACCCUGUCAAGUCUUUGUCGUAUUGCUGUGAGGAGAGCGAUUGGUAAACGCAGACUGUCUUCAAUUAGCAGCCUUCCUGUUCCUGAUCGUAUCAUACGUUUCCUUCUCUACGAGCAGUAACACAACCUAAAUAUCUAAUCUUUAUACACACAGCUAUCUUUCUGACAACGAAGUGCAUGAGUCUUUUUUUUGCUUUAGGAAGGUUUUUCAUCAAUGUGUGAGUGCCUUCCUCCAACAGCUUGUUGAUGCGUGCUUCUCUUGAGGCACUAUACUUUCACACAACUUUGCAUAAAUCAAUAGUAUAAUUGACAACAAGAAACUCUAAUAUGUUAUCAGUGAGAAAUGUCUAGUUCCUCUGUUAUCAACUGUUUACCUCUCCUCCCCCUUUUUGCUAAUUGCUUUUCAAUAAUUACACAUGUCAAUACAAGUCUAUGGAGAGGGGAGGAGGAGAAAUGAGCAGCAGUGGUGAGAAGUGACCCAGAGAGAAGCUAAAGAGGUUACACAACUACACAGAAGAUUUAUAUGGCAACACAAGUGCUAAAUUCACAACCAAUACAGGUCAGGACCUUAAUGAUCCUGGGGCAUUUUUCUCAGUGAGUAACAGAAGUUUAGGAAGCAGCUUCUUCUCUACUUUCUAUGUGAGGUGGCUGGAAGCUAGUCUUUACCCACCAUGUCAGAGAUCUGGAAACUAGACAUUCAGCACACACAGAGAAAAAAAAUGCCAGAUACAAGACAUAUAGUGACCAAAAACUGUCAUGCCUCAUGUACAUGCCGUACUGUUGACUAAUGCAGAGUUUGUUAAAAGAUUAGGUACAUCACAGGUGUAACAUGGUUUUCUGCUUAGGACAGACCCUGUUAGGCCGGUCUUUUGGUGAGAAGUUGAUCAUGGGUUAUUAUGCUGCUAGAACCCCCAGAUAUGUGUUGUAAUCUGGUGGAGUCUAGCACAACGCCUUUAAACCUGAUGCAACAUAAUGGCCCAGAUUUACUGAUGUACCCACACCAAAAAUCUGUCUAAAAAGUGGGGCAAGUUGGCACAUCUGGGGGGGACUUCAUCAAAGGUUUUAUGCCACAUUAGUGGUGUAAAAAAAAAGUUGAGAAGUAUGGUGCACACCAUAUUUGCCCCAUUAUUUGCAACUUUUAGUUCUUGCCACUGCCGUAAGUUGUAUCUCUAAAAUCUGUGGCGCUUUUACACCUGCUGAUCUAAUAAACACUUGUGCUGCGGUACCACAACAGUACCGCUACUACAGCAUAUAUUUGCGGGUGCUAUAGCUGGCGGGUCUGUGCUGUUUAAAAGAGCAGAGGCCUGCACAAUGAUUGGGGAUGCCGGACAUUAAUUCUAAUACACCAAAUCUUUAUGAGGAGGCCCAGCGUAUUAGAGCUGCCAACAUAGGAGAUCAGCAAUAAGAGAUUUUAAAAUACUCCUAUGGGAGUAUAGUAACAAUCGUGUAACAACAGUGGACAUUGUAGCCUCCUACCGGAGAGGGGCUAA